AUGUCGACUACAAGCGAUCUGUUCUUUGUUAUUUUUCUCCUCCUUCCAUACCUCGUUUCUUCUUCUUCUCCGAAUAUCCUCUUCAUUGUGGCAGACGACUAUGGUUGGAAUGAUGUUGGUUUCCGGAAUCCUGACGUCAUAACUCCAAACAUUGACAAACUGGCGCACAGCGGUAUGAUCUUACAAUCCUCAUACGUCAUGCCCGUCUGUACGCCGUCAAGGAAUUCGUUCAUGUCUGGUCACUACGCCUUCAAGUCCGGCCUCCAGCAUCUUGCAAUCCUUCCAGAGCAGGCAACCUGCUCUCCCCUGAAUUACACUUUCUUACCACAGAAGCUGAAGGAACUGGGGUACACCACCCACGCCAUUGGAAAGUGGCACCUAGGAUUUUGUAAGUGGGAAUGCACCCCCACCUACAGAGGGUUUGACACGUUCUAUGGUUAUUACAAUGGCCAGGAGGACUAUUACAAGCUUAGCGUUGUUGGUGGUAAGGACUUCAGAGACAAUAAAACACCUGUUAAUGCCACGGGAGAGUACUCCGCGCACAUGUAUGCUCGGAGAGCUCAAUCAAUCAUCAUGAACCAUGACAUGUCUAAACCUAUGUACAUGUACCUACCGUUCCAGUCUGUACACGAACCUCUUCAGGUUCCGGCCCAAUACAGCGCCAUGUAUCCUAAUGUAAAAACACAGUCACGCAAGACCUACCUUGGCAUGGUUACGGCCAUGGAUGAAGCAAUAGGAAAUAUUACCAAUACACUGAAAGCUAAAGGGAUGUUCAACGAUACUCUGAUUAUAUUUACUGCAGAUAAUGGUGGUUGGACAACAUUUGCUGGAAAUAAUUAUCCAUUAAGGGGAGGUAAGGCAACGGUAUUUGAAGGAGGAACAAGAGCCACUGCCUUUAUAACGGGGGCUGGUAUACAGAAAACUAACUCUGUCUAUAAUGGGAUUAUACAUGCUGUAGAUUGGAUGCCAACAGUUCUCAGCGCAGCUGGAGGGACACCAGAUCCGAAUCUUGAUGGAAUCGACCAAUGGGACAGUCUAAGAACAGGGGGAGAGUCUAAACGAACCGAAUUUGUUUAUAACAUUGAUGAUCUAAAACCAGAGGUGUGCGGCCACGCUGCUAUAAGAAUGGGGGAUUACAAAUUAAUAGAUGGCUAUCCAGGGCUCUACCAGGGCUGGUACAAGCCAGAUGAAGUGGUUAAGGACAAUUAUAAUGAUGCACCAGUUAAUGCUACACUUCCUUUUGUAGACAAGAUGAUGCUUUUUAAUUUAAAAGAGGAUCCAAAUGAACACGUUGAUUUAUCCAAGAAGCUUCCAGAUGUGGUAUUGAAACUAAAAUCGAGGCUUGACUAUUAUCACAAGCUAAUUGUCCCAGCAAAUUUUCCUUCCAAUUCUAAAUCUGCUGCUCCAAAGAAUUAUGGCGGGUUUUGGACACCAGGGUGGUGCUAAAAAUAAAGACAUUUUAUAAAAAUUCGCACUUAGUUAUAAUGGAAGAUUUUUCCGUUGUUGCUUUCAUACGUUCAAUAAACUGUACUGUUAUUUAUCUUUUUUAAAAGAAAUAAAUAUGUAAUGAAUUUACA